CGGUCACAGGCUCGCGUCGCGGCGACGCGUUUUAUGUGCGAGGGUGCUUGAGCUGCUUGGUUGCGUCUGAAAACUCGCGCUAGCGAUUUGUGCAGCCCGCAAGAGCUUGCUGCUUGGCAGAGGCAGCGCGGCAACAGGACCACAGUCAUCCGACUAACGGCCUAUCGACACCAGCAUUCGAACGGUAGGUUGCCAGUGGUGCGCAUAGAUCCGGCAAGCGGCAAGAAACCGCGGCACCGCGCUCGUUGGCCCCUUACAACAAGCGACAAAGCAAGCGCACUGAGCACACGCGACGAUAACGAUGGGCAAGAAAUCGAAAAAGAAGCGCCAGAUCUGCCACACGCAGGCCGACGGCAGCCGCGCCAUGGACUCGCGCCCGGCGUCGAUGGACGUGCUCUCGACGUGGUCCGCGGACAGCGGACCCUCGUUACUCUUCACGGCGGACACGGAGCGUUUGGUCAUCAAUGUACCCGAGGGCUGGCAGCGUUUAUGUGUCGAACAGAAGAUAAAAAUUGGGAAAGUGGAUGCCGUGUGCCUGACGCACCUCGGGCCUUCGGCCGUCGGCGGCCUGCCGGGCUACCAACUGACGGCCUAUGACGCGGGCUUGAGGAAGACCACACUACGAGGUCCCGAAGGUUUAAGAGGCUACGCGGCGAGCACGCGCCACUUCAUCAAUAGGGAGGAUCUCGAGAUUGAGGUUGAGGAAGUGUCUGAUGGGGAGGAGCGGGGCAACGGUCUACUAAGGGUGCGGGCGAUCGUCGUCGAGGAUGAGGAAGUGACGGAGGGACCGGUUGCGAAGAAGCCGAAGACGCUCUCAUCAAAAAGCGUGUCGUACGUCAUAAAAACGCCCGACGUGUUGGGCCGCUUCGACGUCGAUAAGGCGAAAGCGCUCAACGUGCCGCCGGGGCCCCUGUACGGCGCGCUGAAGCGGGGCGAGGCCGUCACGCUCGACGAUGGAAGCGUCGUCCAGGCCUCGCAGGUCGUCGGGGCGACGACACCUGGUGCGUGUGUCCUGGCCUUGUAUGUGUCGACGCCCGGCGCGCUCCAACGAUUACGAUCAAAGCUUCAAGCCUUCCUCACGGGGUCGGCUUCGUUAGACUGCGUCGUGCACCUUGCGCGGCCGCAGAUAGCCGCCUCGGAGGCGUAUCUCGCCUUCUCACAAAGCUUUCCUUCUUCUAUCCAACAGCUCUGGACGCAGGCCGGCGCGUCGCCCUUCAGAACGGCGGCGCGGGACGCUAGACUAUUAGCGCGCGUCGCGCCGGACUGCUACACAUCAGAUGUCGCUGAGGCAACCACAGAAGACGCCUGGCGCGGCCCGGGCGUGCAGGUGGAGACGACGGGCCGCUUCACCCUCGUGCCGCGUUCGCAAGCCGGCUACGUCGCACCAGAGGUAGUGGAGGACGACCUCGAGGCGGAAUGGAAUGAAGUGAAGGCGCGGGGCCUCGACGCGGCAUUGGAGGGAGUUGAGAAAGCAAAAACGACCGACGUCCCUUCACAAUUACAGCACGCCGCCGCGUCGUUGUGUUUUCUGGGGACCGGCUCAGCGAUGCCGUCCAAACACAGAAACGUCUCGGGCAUCUACCUGCGGUGCGCCGCCGAGACGACGGACGUGAGUGAUCCGGGCCGCGGGCUACUCCUGGACUGCGGCGAGGGCACGCUCGGGCAGCUUAGGAGGGCGUUCGGGGGGCGCGCGGACGAGUGUCUGCGGAAUUUGGGCGCCGUCUGGAUCUCGCACCCGCACGCCGACCACCACCUCGGCCUGCCCUCGCUCUUAGCUGAAAGAAGACGCCUCGCGCCGGACGAGCCUUCACCAAUUCUGAUGGCGCCAUGGCCGGUAUUGCGGUGGCUCGGAGACUACGCGGCCGUGUAUGCGCCUUUGAUGGAUGCGUACGUGCCCGUCGAGUGCCAGUGGAUGAAGGAAGACGCGCCGCACCCGCAGCAGCAGCGGUUGACCGACGACCUGCGCCUCGCGCAAUGCUUCUGCGUGCCCGUGCCGCACUGCGCCCAGGCCUACGGCGUCGUCGUCAAGGCGGUCGAUGGCUGGUCCCUGUGCUACUCCGGCGACUGCCGCCCGUCGACGAAGCUCGCGGCCGCGGCCCGGGACUGCACCGUGUUGAUCCACGAGGCGACAUUUUCCGAUGGUCUCGAGGACGAUGCCGUUAAAAAACGCCACUCGACGAUCUCGGAAGCAUUAGGUGUGGGCAGGGACGCGAACGCGUGCCGGACGGUCCUGACGCACUUCUCGCAGCGCUACCCGGCGCUGCCCGAGGGUCUGGGGGACACGGGCGCCGUCGUCGCGUCGGACUUCCUGCGCCUGUCCUUUCCCCAACUAGCCUGGGCGCCUUCGUUGGUCCCGGCGCUCCGGUGUCUGUACGGCGACGACGACGACGAGGAGGCGGCGGGGGUGUUGUUUUAGGAUAACUGUUGUGUACUCCGA